AUGCUUUUAAAGCAGGGAUUAUUACUGUUCCUAGACCUCGGUUACCAUCUGUAUGAACAGUGUAAAUCUGCUUGUCUCGUUUUCCAGGUGCUGACUGAGCGUGGCGAGUUCGAAAAGAGUGACGCGGAGUUCACUCGGGUGAUUGAACUAGCUCCUACCUCGGGCAUGGCCUACGCCCAUCGUGGCCUUCUCCAACUGCGAUGGCGCCAGGAUCAAAACAGUGCCAUUGAGUGGUUCCGCAAGGGUGUAGAAGUUGAUCCAAAAUGCGAACUGGCCCUGGAGCUGUUGGGUCAGCUCUCGAUGGAGCGGGGUCAGUUCGAGGAGGCGCUGAACUACUUCAACCAGGCCAUCCAACAGGCGAAGACCCUGACUGACCUGACCCACCUCAUCUCCCUGCGGGAGGGUGUAAAGGCGCAAAUGCAUGUCUGCUCCACCUACAACAUCUCCGUCCACGAGAUGUUUGCCAGCCUGCAGCAGGAAUUCCAGCAGCAA